AUGGCCCUAUUUUUCCGUGCGCUAGCAUGCCUAGUGGUCGUCGCUAUAACAAAUGCUUAUGGCGCAUCGGUCGGGAACAAUGCAGACAUAUAUAUCGCCAACAAGGUUAUCGCGCCCGACGGAUUCGAAAGAUCAGGUGUGCUUGCAGGCACGGCUGCCGGCGUCGAUGUCACUGGGCCACUCAUACGAGGAUUCAAGGGGAACCGGUUCCGCCUCAAUGUCAUCAACCAAUUAUCAGACUCAUCUAUGCUGAAGACCACAAGCAUUCAUUGGCAUGGCUUCUUCCAAGAGGGGUCCUCAUGGGCAGAUGGUCCAGCGUUUGUUACACAGUGUCCCAUCGCAUCAGGGGACAGUUUUUUGUAUGACUUUCGCGUUCCAGACCAAGCUGGAACAUUCUGGUACCAUGCCCAUCUAUCUACGCAAUACUGCGACGGCCUCAGGGGUGCUUUCGUAGUUUAUGACCUUUUAGACCCCCAUAGAUUGAGAUACCUUGUGGAUAAUGAUGAUACAGUGAUUACUUUAGCGGACUGGGUAAGGAUCUCAGGAUAUCUUCACGCACAUGUCUUACGUGUUUUACAGUAUCACACUGUCGCCCCUCAAGCAGGACUUGUUCCAGUCCCGGACAGCACCUUGAUAAACGGCAGAGGCCGCUACGCUGGUGGACCUACUGUGCCAUUGGCCUUGAUUCGCGUUCUCUGGGGCAUCAAGUAUCGUUUCCGUCUCGUUUCUCUUUCUUGCGAUCCCAACUACACGUUUUCUAUCGACGGCCACAAGAUGACCAUUAUCGAAGUGGACGGCGUCAAUACAAAGCCCCUGGAAGUUGACAGCAUCCAAAUCUUCGCAGGCCAACGAUAUUCGUUUGUUCUACAUGCCAACCAGCGUAUCGCAAACUACUGGAUACGUGCAAAUCCUAAUUUAGGUACCAGAGGCUUUGAAGGAGGCCUCAACUCCGCUAUUCUUCGUUAUUAUGGAGCACCCAACCAGGAUCCGACAACGACGGAAGGAACUAGUACGAAGCCUCUUAUUGAAACGAAUCUUGUCCCCCUUCGUAAUGCUGGCGCUCCCGGCGUCCCUGGUGUUGGCAAUGCAGAUGUCAACAUCAACUUGGCUAUGGCUUUCGAUUUCCCAUCACUUCAAUUCACCAUAAAUGGUGCUCCGUGGACGUCCCCGACCAGCCCGGUGCUCCUUCAAAUCAUCAGCGGUGCAUCCUCUGCCGCUGAUCUCCUCCCUCCUGGAUCCGUCUACGCGCUACCACGUAACAAAGUUGUCGAGCUCUCCAUCCCUGCUUUGGCAGUCGGAGGCCCGCAUCCUAUCCACUUGCAUGGCCAUGUUUUCGACGUGGUAAGAAGUGCAGGAAGCUCAACAUAUAACUACCGAAACCCUGUUCGACGCGAUGUCGUUUCCACCGGAACGGGGAGCGAUAAUGUCACUAUCCGUUUCAAAACAGAUAAUCCUGGGCCUUGGUUCCUUCACUGCCACAUCGAUUGGCAUCUAGAGAUUGGCCUGGCCGUAGUUUUCGCGGAAGAUACAGCCUCCACUGCAAGGCAGCGCCCUCCCCAAUCUUGGUCAGAUCUCUGCCCAAUAUAUGACAGUUUGACUGAAGAGCAGAAAGGCGGCAUUGUUUAA